CCCCAGCCCAGAUUCUGUCAAGCCGUGUGGGUGGGAACAACAGUGUUGUUUUAAUUAAAUGCUCCAGGUGAUUCUAGGUGCAGCCAGGGUUAAUUGGAGGGCUUCCCAUGAAUAGAAGACAUCUGAGUGUAGGCUUUGGCUCAAGGAGGAGUAACAUGGUCUCCUGUACGUGAAUCUGGAAGCUUCAGGUCCAUGCGUCACACUUUUCUUCUUUCUUUCUGCUCCAGCAGAAGUUGUGUGUGUCUGGUUGGGGAGGCGCCCUGAAAGCAGAGAAGGAAAAAUUCAAAGAUUGGUCUCCAAGGAGGAAUUCAUUGUUUCUGAAUAGCUCCUGACACAAAAGGCUAGGAAAUUUGGCCUUUUCUGCAUUUCCAAAUCCUACCUGCAGGCGAGCAGUUUACAGGUGAAGAGGCUCUGUUGGUGGCUUUAAAAGCAUUUUCUCCUGAUGCAGCUGUGAUUUCUCCUGGACUCUCUUCUGAGGAAGAACUCCAAAGGAGGAAGUGAAAGAAGAAAUGGCCAGUUCUCAGGGACUGCUGACAUUCAGGGAUGUGGCCAUCGAAUUCUCCCAGGAGGAGUGGGGAUGCCUGAACCACACUCAGCGGGAAUCGUACAGGGAUGUGAUGUUAGAGAACUAUGGAAACCUUCUCUUCUUGGGUCUCAUUGUGUCAAAGCCUGAUUUGGUCUCCUUUUUGGAGCAAAAGAAGGACCCUUGGGACGCGAAGAGAAAGAAGACAGUAGCCUUUCAUCCAGAUAGGUGGGAAUGAAUGAAGCAGAUGACAGAGUGGUUGUGAAUGUUCUAUCAUGCCUCGGGGCAGGUCCGUGCAGCCC